GAUAUGACUGCUCGAAGCACUGCAUGUCGGCCCGAUGAUUGUUGGGUUUCGAGGGCCCCGGUAUAGUAGAUGAACGCCUUCUAUUCAUAUUGUACGUGAUCUCGAGCUGGAGUUCGUCAUAUGCGCGCGGACAUAAUGAAUGUUGCUAUACAUGCAUGCGCGUUUGGAAUUGAGUUGUGUGGCUUUCACAGGUGCCACGAGCUGCGUGCGCCGCACUGCAAUGCGCUGGCACGAGUCGCCGGUAAGCUGUCGCCAACGAUGCGAUUGUGCCUGCGUCAAACAAAGCCAACGUCGCCGAAAGGAGUGGAUGCAGUCUCAGGUGCAGACUGAAGUGGAUGGUGGGCAACGAGAAAGGAAGGGAGCGACAAUGGGUUGGAAGGUGCCGUCGCGCCCGAGGUGAACAGACGCGGCAAGCUCCAAAAAGCAGAGCUGUCCCCGGGAGUUGAGUUCAGGCGCCGAACGGCGAAGGUGAAUUGGCGGGUGAGGGAAAGAAUUUGUGGUGAGCCGAAGCA